AAGCGACGCGUUACUAGGGGCGGGGUUACGCACACAGCUGUCGCGCAGGAGUGGUUGCCAUGGUGGACAUGUCUCUCUAGCGAUGUCGGUUUAAGCGUAUUGAACUUCAGUUUUCUUUUAUUACGAGCUAAACAUGGCAGAGACCGUCGAUGGCAAGAAGGAUGAGGCAGACUACAAGAGACUACACAGCUUUCCUCUCAUACGGCACACAGAUAUGUCUGAGGAGAUGCGGGUGGAGGCCAUGGAGCUCUGCGUUACGGCGUGCGAGAAGUUUGUCACUAAUAAUGAGAGUGCCGCCAAAAUGAUAAAGGAGUCUAUGGAUAAGAAGUUUGGGAGCUCUUGGCAUGUGGUGAUUGGCGAGGGCUUCGGUUUUGAAAUUACGCACGAAGUGAAGAACCUGCUUUACAUGUUCUUCGGAGGAGGUUUGGCGGUGUGCGUAUGGAAGUGUUCCUAACACUAAAUGACUGUCUGACAAACACUUUUUCAUGUGCUUUCUGACUUUAUAUUCAGGGUGCAUCAUUUCAUACGGUUUAUUUUGAAUGAAACGUUUUAUGUUUUCUUCUCUGUUUUAACUGUUCUCUCAAAGCUGACAGGCCAUCUGUUGGUUUUAUUGUCCCUCUCUGCCACUCUUUCUCCAUCUGUCUCUUUUUUGUCUUCUAUCUGUACAUCCUCAGUUGCUUAUGAUAAUUUCCAUUGCUUUCAUUUUUCUGAAGGACAAAGUAUUUUUAUAAGACAAAUCCUAUUUUUUAAUUAAUAUGUGAAUACAUAUGAUCUGUUUUUAAAACUUCAGAUAUUUUAUAGGAGUCGUACAUUUUGCACAGCUGUAAUGUGUA